GCCCACAGUGCGAGUUGCCAUAGGCAACCAGCCAGGGUGGCCAACUCCUCCGGGUUUGCCGGGGAUGUUCCGGUUUUGGGACUAAAGCAUCCCAGGCCUCCAGCCCACUGCAGUGACUGCAUCUUGCGCCCUCUGCCCAUCUUCUCCCACAGCUUCCCUAGAUUAGGCUUGGGAGGCAAGAGGAGGCCUCCUCACCUUUCACUUUGCCUUUUUAAUAUUAAGAUGAAGGCACAUGCCAUAUCUUUCUGGCCAGGCCCAGACAUGUCCAUCCUUGUAAGAUAAAAGCUUCCAUGGGAGCCUUCCUUCCUAAAUCAAGCCUCGUGGUGGAACAUCUGACCCAUUCAAGAGGAAGGAUGAAAGCUCUACAUAGGACCACGACGUGAAUGGAAGAAACCUGUCAUCAUGCAGAUAGUACGGCACUCUCAACAGACGCUAAAAAGAGCUCUCAUCUCAAAGAACCCAGUGCUUGUGUCACAGUAUGAGAAAUUAGAUGCUGGGGAACAGCGUUUAAUGAAUGAAGCCUUCCAGCCAGCCAGUGAUCUCUUCGGACCCAUUACCUUGCAUUCUCAAUCAGAUUGGAUUACCUCCCACCCUGAGGCCCCCCAAGACUUUGAACAGUUCUUCAGUGAUCCUUACAGAAAGAUACCCUCUCCAGACAAACAUAGUAUUUAUAUACAGUCCAUUGGUAAAUACUGGAUCUCUAGGAAACACCAGGAUUAUCAGUGAAGAAUAUAUUAAAUGGCUGCAGGGCUAUUGUAAAGCAUAUUUCUAUGGCUUGAGAGUAAAACUCCUAGAACCAGUUCCUGUUUCUGCAACAAAAUGUUCCUUUAGAGUCAAUGAGAACACACAAAACCUACAAAUUCAUGCAGGGGACAUCCUGAAGUUCUUGAAAAAGAAGAAACCUGAAGAUGCCUUCUGCAUUGUGGGAAUAACAAUGAUUGAUCUUUACCCAAGAGACUCCUGGAAUUUUGUCUUCGGACAGGCCUCUUUGACAGAUGGUGUGGGGAUAUUCAGCUUUGCCAGGUACGGCAGCGAUUUUUAUAGCUUGCGCUAUGAAGGCAAAGUGAAGAAGCUCAAGAAAACAUCUUCAAGUGACUAUUCAAUUUUUGACAACUAUUAUAUUCCAGAAAUAACUAGUGUUUUACUGCUUCGAUCCUGUAAGACUUUAACCCAUGAGAUUGGACACAUAUUUGGACUACGACACUGCCAGUGGCUUGCAUGCCUAAUGCAAGGCUCCAACCACUUGGAAGAAGCUGACCGGCGCCCUCUAAACCUAUGCCCUAUCUGUUUGCGCAAGUUGCAGUGUGCUAUUGGCUUCAGCAUUGUAGAAAGAUACAAAGCACUGGUGCAGUGGAUUGAUGAUGAAUCUGCUGGCACACUUGGAGCAACUCCAAAACACAGUCCUGAGGAUAAUGGGAAUUUACCGAAACCCGUGGAAGCCUUUAAGGAAUGGAAGGAGUGGAUAAUAAAAUGCCUGGCUGUUCUCCAAAAAUAAGAACCUUCAAAUAGGAGUGAUUGAAAUAAAUUACUACUUGCAUGUAAUGCUUUCAUUUGGGUGGAAUACUUCAUUGGAAUAAACUACUGAUCUUAUGCUGUGUCAGAGUGACAGAAUAGAACCUUCUUUCAGAUGCCUGAAUUGAAAUGAGACUAAUUUUGAAUAAUAAAAACUCUAAAAACUCUU